AUGCCAUCCUUGAGGAAGAGGGUAUCAAGCUAUUUUAGGCAGUUAAGUUUUCAUAAUGAACCUAGAGAGAAGAAGCACAAUAUUAAUGAAAACUCAUUUGUUACAAAAUAUUUACAAGGGCAAAUCACACUUCAAGAAGGUCCACCAAUUAUUUAUGGAAAGAAUCCAACUGAUUUACCAAAUUAUAGUCUAGCAAACUAUGACACUGGGCCCAAUACUGUAAUUGGUUGUUAUUCAGGUCCUAAUGGAGGACUUACUACUGUUAAAAGAACUGAGAAACAUUUGUCAGUAGUAGAUGCUGAUAUUGAUUAUAUUGAUACCCAUGAAGAGGAGAUUGUCUCAACAAAGUUACCCAAAAAGUCUCCAAAUAAACCUUCCCCAGGACAACCUAUAGAUAAUACUACCAUGGUAAUCAAAGUUGCUGGUCAUGAAUAUUGUGUUACAAAUAAAUCAAAGAGACACAGCAAAAGCCACAGUGUCGGCAGUAUAACCGAUUUCAAUAUAGAAAUUGAAACAACGAAAAUAGAUAAAAGCUUUUAUAUCAGUAAUAAUAAUUGCACAGCUGUAGAAUGUAAGAAUAACUUGGCCUUGAAUGGAAAUCAAAUUGAGUGUGAUGAAAAUCAAACUGGAAAGAAUGGAAAAAAGGUUGCUAAAGAACCUCAUGAAUCCAGUAUUAGGAAAGACAAAGCAAAGAAUAUUCCUAAGAGGGAAACUGCUCCUAGAAACUCUCAAAAAAUGAAUUCCCAACAGCAGAGUAGUUGUAAACCUGAAUCCUCCAAUGAAAAUUAUGGCCUUUCCAAGUCAAACAGUGAGGGAAACCCCUUUCAUCACAAGAAAAGAGGCAACAUUAUCAAAGUUGAAAGACCUGUUACAAAUACAAGGGGUGAAGAGAGCGCAGAAAAAUCAACUAAUCCAUCCAUUAAUGUAGACGAUUCGAUGCUACCUGAAGAUUGGAAUAAAAAAUCGGAUUUUUUCUACGGUCUCUCUGAUUCUCUGUAUGAUCGAAAUCAGGUCACAAAAAAUAACAAUGGCGAUCCGAUUGCUGAUUGCUUUGGAAUCAUUGCUAGAAAUGAUUCUGCUAUUUUGGCUGUCGCUGAUGGAGUUAAUUGGGGUGAAAAAGCAAGUAUAGCAGCCAAAUCGGCGGUACACGGUUGUCUUCACUACCUGAACAAAACCAUAUUUAACGAUACGAAACCAUUCGAAAACCUCACCAUUAAGACUGACGAAAGUUCCAUAUCAAGCAACGUAUUAGACGAGACUACUAACCUGAUCGCCAACACCAGAGAAGUGUUUGUUUGUCUGCUGCGCGCAUUCAACUGCGCACACGACCUCAUCCUGGAAAACAAAGGAAUGCUGACCACGUUGACGGUGGCUGUCAUUCUGCCGCUCAAACAGAAAUUGGAAAGGAGAACGAGGUUGUCCAAUGGAAUGGAGAGGAGAGACUCAGAGACUCAGUAUAUUUGUUGCGUUUGCAAUGUGGGUGAUACGCUGGCGUAUGUUUAUUCACUGAAAUAUGGUGUUCGUGAACUGACAAAAGGUUCCCAUGAUAUAAACUGCAACAGAGACAUGAGAGAUGCCCUCGGCGCCUUAGGACCUGUAGACGGAAUAAAUCCAGAACUAAGUAACCUGACCCUUUCCAUAACCACCCUACAAAAAGGAGAUAUUGUAAUGGUAGCCAGUGAUGGACUAACUGACAAUUUUGAUCCAAACGUUUGUAAAUUUACAGUGAAUUCCAAUAACGAGCCUAGUAAAACUAGAAGGCCGAGUAUAAGUAGGCCUCCUAAAGGGGUACAUUCACAAAUGCCCUUGGAGAUCAAGCCGAUCGUUCCGAAACCAGUUAGCAGUGUGGCUUCACUACCUGCUCCUCCUCUGAAACCACCAAGACGGUCGAAAAAUAAAGACGAUUUCAAUAGGAGUUCAGUAGAGAGGAGCAGCAUCAAAAGUAACACUAUUUCCGAAAGAUCCUCUUCUUCUACUGACAAUUCAUCAUUACAUAGUAGAUCGAAUAACACUGUGAUUCCCGUUCAGCAUUCAGAUAUCAACAGUAUCAGUAAACCUGUCGAUGGAAAUGAAUCGCAAAGUAAUGAGUGUAAUUUGGAUGAUAAUGAAGCUGGAGAGCCAAAUGGAGAUUCAAAACGUUCAGAUGUUGAAUAUGAUAAUCCUCUUAUAGCUGCUUUCAUGAAAGAGAAUUCUGUAGAGGGACCACCCAAAAUUGACAAAAGUUUUAAGAAACCUGUAGUUGUGGAGAACAAAGCAAGCAGUCUAAGACGUCAGGCCUCUAGUCAACUUCAACAUGAAGGUGUUCAUUCUAGUCAGAAACCUAUGAUGGCAAAGCCGUCCCAAAGCAAAACUCUACAAUCUGUUGACGAUAAAAGUAGUACUUCGAAGAAAAAUGAAAUGGGCUAUAAGUUUUUACGCUCAAAGACCACAUUAGACAUUAGAGCCACCACUUCUAAACAGAUAAUUAGGAAUGAGGAUGGGAUACCAUAUGUAACUCCGAUUCAGAGAUACGAGCUGCAGCUACUGAUGAUUGAAGAUAUUUUGAAGAAUGGGAUAUCAGGCAAGGAUUCACCUUGUUCUUCAUCCAAACAAUUAUGCGAGAACCUUGUCAGCUACACAAUCAGCAUUACGUCAGCCAAACGCCAUACACUGGAAGAUCCAGACCUUUAUUUCGACAACCGCAACGGAGUGCUUGUCGAGGUUUCCAGCCACGAGAAAAAAAUCAGGAGGAAGAAGGGACUGGAGAAGGUUCAAAAUUUACCGGGAAAGUUGGACCAUGUAACUAUCGUAGCAUACAAUGUUGGGAAUUAUGCUUAUUGA